GCCCGCGAACUGGAAAUCCAAACAAAACUUCAAACAAAAAUGAAGUUAGCGGGCGUCCAGGCAUGGUCAUGAAGUUGUCGAGGAUCAUCGUGGUUCAAUCCGGACGAGGAAGACGCGGACUGACAUGAAGGAUUGAAGCAUGUUGUAGCUGUAUUUGUGGUGCAGGUGUUUGGCGUAGGGGCUUCGGGCAUUUGGGACAGGUUUCCUCUGGAUUGAAAGGGGUUGUUAUUGUUCUCGAUUGAUCCGAGGCUCGGUUGAUUGAAGAAGGAUUCUGUAGUUGCGUAUGCAAUGGAGUUGCCGCUCCUGGAAAAUAGUGCUGUGCGGUGGACCGUGGUUCGAGUACCGGCCGGUGCGCCUUCUUCUUUAACGCCUUGUUGCCCCCGCGCUAUCGAUGUCGGGGGUGGAGCCACGCUUUCGUCUUCCCCCUCCGCUCCCCGCGCCGCCACUGUUGUAUGGCGCAUUCAUGCAGAGUCAUCCAAAGUGUUGGAAAUCAUUGAAAUUUCAAGCCACCAAGAUCUUCAUAGGAGGGGACUUCACCUUCUGUUUGAAGAGGAUCUCACCACGUUUGCUUGUGUCGUCCCAUCUCAAAUCCCAGGGAAAGCCCAGUACGUUGUGUGGGUUUUGACUGUUGGUGGCGUUAUCUAUCGAGUGCACGUCACUGGGGCAGCAGCCGGCUGGAUGCUGUGUGGUAACCAGCAGCAUGAUGCGUCCGUUGACAUACAGCGAAUGCAUGAAGUCACUGCAUUUGCCGUUACUCCCAACGUUUUCUGCCUUGGUGGUCAAACUGGCUCCAUCAUUUGCGUACCUUUUGGAACAGGUUCUCCUUCUACUUCUGGAGCUGAAUCUCCUUUCGAGUUGAAGGAUGCUGAUCAUGGAAUCAGGGGAUUGUGGGGUUUUGUGUCGAGGGGUAAAAGUGCGGGAUCGGUAAGGAGCUUAGUUGCUCGACUGGUGAAUGGUUCAUUUUUUUUGUUUGCUCUACACGAGGAUGGGACGUUAAGACUCUGGGAUCUGCUUCAUCGCUAUCGUGUGUUGAAUCAUCCACUUUCUACGGAACGGGAACUUGAAGAUUUUGAACCAAAGCUGAUGUGGGUGAAGGAGACACUUACCUUAUCAAUGGCUUUCCAAAUUGCGUUGCUAUGUAAUUCCUCGGAUACCAGCCGGGAGACUGUAUUUGUUUGUUCGGUGGCAGUGGGUCCUGGAGAGGGAGCGGUCCUUCGGCAGGGUUUUAUCACAGUUCAACAUAUGAUCUCUCUCCCUGAGGGAAAGGUUAUAGACCUUAAAUUGCUGGAGGCUGGUGUAUGGACUCUGCAGUCAACUAAAAAGAGCCACGAGCUUCUAUUUUCUGACUUCAGCAAGGAAGGGAGUUUGGAAGUGGUUCAUAUGCUGGAGAAGAGUGUGGCGGAACAGUUGAUGCAAGUUCCAGGCGACGAAUGGAGUGAUUUUCUUUACACCAUUCAUCCAACACUAGGCGUUUCUUCGAAGCUGAAACUUUCAGAUGUCUUCCUUCGAAGGGUAUUUCAGCCAGGAGUACGACAACCAAAGGCCCUUCAGGAGGCCUUGGAACAGCAUGGUCGUCCAAUUAGUGAUUCUGACCUUGCAUCAGUGUCUCUGGAUGCUUUGCGAAGUCAUAUUUUUUCAGCGAUUGAAUCAGAGAGUUGUGGCGAUAGCCAAGCACAGAUUCUUUACGGAUGGAUGCGCUUCAGUGGUGAUUAUGUGAGGGCAUGGACACAUUUUAACAAGCCGUAUUCUAUUUUGUUGGACGCUAACACUAAUAGCGUUGGUUUGAUACGCCGAUCUUCAGUUGCACUUGUUAGGGCUCUGACGGAUGUGGAGCAAUUUUCUCCUGGAGGCCAUAUCAGUAACCGUGCAACAUUACCGGAUGAAUGGAAGAAUUUCAACAAACACGAACAAAUCAUUUUAUUAGAGCUUAGUAGCUGUGCUAAACUUAUCGUCGAUCACUUGGGUCGAGUAGCAAUGGGCCUACUUUACGAGUCUUUUUUGCGGCCAGUGGAUCAAUCAGUUCCAGGAAUUCUGCCAUCUCUUGCUCGAAUUUUGGAUUUGGGUUUUAAUUCCAGCCUCGUGGCUGAUGAAAUUGGACACAUGGGGGUUGAUGAAAUCCGUUCCAAGGAGCAAGAUCAACACCGGAGGCAGCGGGCAUUCGCACUGCAUAUAGCGCAUGCUUUGCAAACCCUGCAGAGUAAGGCAGGGGGUUGGGACAAGCUUUUUCAAAUUAUUUCCAAGUACGUUGACUUGCUUGCGCUCCAGUCACAGCCUAUGCUAACCUCCACAGGCAGCACUAAAGGAAUGGACAGUGGUUUAAUUAAGAGAUUGCUGUCACAGUCUACUUCUCAAAUAGCUUGGGCCCAAUUCAAGGCUGCUCGUGACCUUUUACUGCUGCUGGUUUACUCUGUCAAAGUUGGUAUUCAGGUUGGACUCACUUCAAAUCAGAUUUCUUUCAUGAAGUCUCAUACGAUCCCAAGGAUUCAGGAGAUAAUGACUAUGCGUUUGUUAGUUCAUUGGUUGACUGUCACGUUUGCAGAAGUACCACCGGCCGAAGAUUUUAGUUCCCAGCUGUCAUCCUUACGACUUGAUGGUACGAGUAGCAGGAUUGGAAGUGGGUUCAUGGUUUCUGGAGAAUCUACACUAGGUGAAAUGCUUGUAUCUACAUUUUUGGAGUCAGACAAAUCAAGCUUAAGCCUGCCUGAGGGAGCCCUACCAGAUCAGGAUAUGCUUCUUUCUCACUCAUGGCAAUUUGUGAAAUGGCUUUUGUUGGGAGAAAAUGGCAAAUCUUCACAAGGAUUUCCUGGACGUGCCAUAUCACUUUCAAAUAUAUUACUUCAGCAUGGGCAAUACAGCAGCCUUGAGAGGUUUCUGACCACAAUAGAGCAGUUUUCUUCCCAGCAAAAGCUUGCAGAGGGGACUAAAACAGCCGAUGGGCUCUGGAGUGCACGCUUGCACCUACUGGGAUUUUGUCUACUCGCACAAGCUCGUACUGAACUGAAGAACAAUGGUAAAGAAAUCCGGGUUGCGGAGGCUAUUCGCUACUUCUUCAGAGCCGCAUCGGGUUUGGGAGAGGCAAAUGAAGAUCUUCAGUUUGUUUUGGGAACUGGCUAUCAGCAGAACCUGCCAGGAAUAGGGGCAGCAGCUGCAUGGAGACUGCACUACUAUGAGUGGGUGAUGCAAAUAUUUGAGCAGUAUAAUUUAAGUGAAGGUGCCUGCCAGUUUGCCCAUGCCGCACUGGAACAGGUUGAUGAGGCUGUCGGAAAAGAAUCCUUUGACAAUGUCGAGAACCCUUUUUCCGACACUUUAGUAGUAGCUAUUAGGGGGCGUCUUUGGGCCAAUAUUUUUAAAUUUUCACUAGACUUAGAUCUUUAUAGUGAUGCCUACUGUGCUAUCAUUUCCAAUCCUGAUGAGGAGAGCAAGUAUAUUUGCCUUCGGCGAUUCAUUGUUGUGUUAUGUGAACGUAAAGCCACUCAGGUUCUCUGUGCCCAGGAAGUGCCGUACGUUGGACUUUUAGAGAAAGUGGUUCAGGAGCUCCUUUGGAAGGCUGAAAAUUCAGAUAUAAGUGCAAAGCCGAGUCCUUACAAAUUGCUUUACAGUCUCCACAUGCAACGACACAACUGGCGCAGAGCAGCUGCAUGCAUGUAUCGUUAUGCUGUGCGAGUCAGAGAAGAGUCCCGUACACCCAACUUACAGGAAGAAGUGCAUGGCAUCUUAGCAGCUAUUAAUGCAUUGCAGUUGGUGGAUCCCAUAAAUGCUUGGUUUGAACUUGUUCCUCGACCUGGCGAAUUACCAGCCCCUUCGAAGCGACAGCGCCUAACAGCAACACAUGCAGUUCCAGGUUCCUCUGAGAAACGUGAUAAGAAAGCAUGCCGAGCUGUUGACCUUGAGGACCUCGAGAAGGAGUACGCCCUCACAAAAGCCAGGCUGCAGCUCGCUCAUUCUGAAGUUAAGCAUUUGGUUAUUGGUGGGGGUGCAACACCGGAGGAGGUUGUGUGGUCACUUAUUCAGUGCCGGCUAUAUGAGACAGCCUUUUCGAUCCUCUUUCUGUUUUGGAAAGAUUCUUUAUUGAAAAGGGAACUGGAGAAAAUCAUGGAUGUCAUGGCGAGGAACUGCUGCUUACUUCAAAUUCAAGAGGUUGCUCCUGGUUCUUUACUGUUGAAAGGAGAACCUGUGUCUAGGUUGCUACUCACGUCUGGCUCACAGCUAGCAGACAUAGAGGAAAACCAUGACAAGAACGGAGAAGAUGAGAGGGAGGACGAGUUGCCAUCAGCUGGAACUGCACGGACUGCCUGGCUAUCACUUCAGCAGUAUUUGGAGAAAUAUCGAAGUUUCCAUCCACGCCUACCUGUGAUAGUUGCUGAGUCUAUUCUCAACGUUGAUAAGCACAUGGAACUACCUCUGUGGCUUGUUAACAUAUUCAAGGGCGGGAAGGAAGCUGGUGCUUCAGGCAUGGCAGGUGGGAAGGAAGCUGGUGCUGAUCCUGCUGCAUUAUUACGCAUAUAUCUGGACUUUGAUCGCCUUGCUGAGGCGACGGCUCUUGUUCUAGAGUAUAUUAGAGCAUGGAGUAGCUUGAAACCCGCAGAUGUGAUAAAGCGGAAGCGCAUGUGUGCGGUGUGGUUCCCUUAUACCGUAUUGGACAGAUUACAGAAUUGUCUAUCAAAGUCUUCUGACAUGGCAGUGCGUGAUAAGCUGCAAGAUUCCUUGAAAUUUGCCUUACAAAAUCACUUCAAACUGUUAAAGGCGGACUCUGAUGACGUCAAGGCUUCUAUAUGAAACACAGUGCCUCUGGAAGCUGUUAAACGGAGAUGUAACUGUUGAUAUACUUGGCACUUUCUGUACGGUGAUUUCAUGUCAUGUACUUUGUGCCUUGCUUAUCCCCUGCCUUUGUACAAGGACACAGUCGGAACAUUCGAGCAUUACUCAUGGGAUGCACGUUUUGUAGCAUAGCAGAUUAGGGAGGUGUUUUGAUAGUUCUGAUAGUUCUCUAUAGACUUGGUGUGAGAUAAUCCAUGACAUGCGUGCAAGGCGUGUCUUUCCUGUUAGCGUAUUCUCAUUUAGCAAAUUUGCAUGAGAACAUGUGAACGCUGACGGAAUUACAGAGCAAAGCGGCCAGCGCUGGUGGCGACUGUUUAUUUAGAGACGAGUAGUUCAACUAAUUUAGAAGUAGCGUUUGACAUCUACAACACCUGAAAUUUUCAUCAUUAAGCUUGGCUGAUGGAUGUAUAUCCACACACAUUCUGAAACGUCUACUCAUCGUAUUUA